UGUGUUGUGCUAUUCAAUGCAACACUUAAACACGUAGUAUAGUAUCAAUAUAAGAAUGGAAGAUAUUACCAUAGCCGUGGUGGCUCUCGCCGCGGUUCUUCUCUUCUUUCUUUACCAAAAACCAAAAACGAAACGUUACAAGCUUCCUCCGGGACCAACGCCACUUCCGGUGAUCGGAAACCUCUUCCAGCUUGAGAAGCUUAACCCGCAACGUUUUUUUGCUGGAUGGGCUAAAAAGUACGGACCAAUCUUUUCAUACAAGAUUGGAAAGAAGACAAUGAUGGUGAUAUCGUCGGCUGAACUAGCUAAAGAGCUUCUCAAGACGCAAGAUGUCAACUUCGCCGACCGGCCUCAGCACUAUGGACAUGAGUUCAUAUCUUAUGGUCGGCGUGACAUGGCGUUGAACCAUUACACACCGUAUUACCGAGAGAUGAGGAAGAUGGGGAUGAACCACUUGUUCUCGCCCGUACGUGUGGCCACGUUUAAGCACGUCCGGGAGGAAGAGGCUAGGAGGUUGAUUUAUAAGAUAGACAAGGCCGCGGAGAAAUCUGAAGUGGUUGAUAUAAGCGAGCUUAUGUUGACCUUUACGAACUCCGUUGUGUGUAGACAAGCGUUUGGGAAGAAGUACAACGAAGAAGGGGAAGAGAUGAAGAGGUUCAUCACGAUUCUUUAUGGGACUCAGAGCGUUUUGGGGAAAAUCUUUUUCUGUGAUUUUUUCCCCUUUUGUGGCUUUCUUGAUGAUUUGUCAGGUCUCACAGCUUAUAUGAAAGAUUGUUUUGUAAGACAAGACACUUAUCUUCAAGAGGUUAUCAAUGAGGCGGUUGAUCCCAAAAGGGCCAAACCCGAAACCGAGAGCAUGAUCGAUCUCUUGAUGGAGAUUUACAAAGAACAACCUUUCAAUUAUGAGUUCACUGUAGAUAAUGUCAAAGCUAUUGUCAUGGAUAUUGUAGUUGCGGGAACAGAUACGGCAGCUGCAGCGGUUGUGUGGGGGAUGACAUAUCUAAUGAAGUACCCUCAUGUAUUGAAGAAAGCUCAAGCAGAAAUUAGAGAGUAUAUGAGAGAUAGAGGCUCAACGUUCAUUACUGAAGAUGACGUCAAGAACCUUACGUACUUCAAAGCCUUAGUUAAAGAAACCCUAAGGAUCGAACCAGUCAUACCUCUCCUUAUCCCUCGUGCUUGCAUUCAAGACACCAAGAUCGCCGGCUACGACAUCCCCGCCGGGACAACAGUCAACGUCAACGCUUGGGCAGUGUCACGUGACGAGAAGGAGUGGGGACCGAACCCUGACGAGUUCAGACCAGAGAGGUUUCUUGAGAAGGAUGUUGACUUCAAAGGCACGGACUACGAGUUCAUACCGUUUGGGUCAGGCCGGAGAAUGUGUCCUGGAAUGCGUCUUGGAGCCGCGAUGCUUGAGGUUCCUUACGCGAAUCUUCUUCUCAACUAUAACUUUAGACUUCCUGAUGGGAUGAAACCAGAUGAGAUCAACAUGGAUGUAAUGACUGGUCUUGCUAUGCACAAGUCGCAGCAUCUCAAGCUUGUUCCAGAGAAAUUCAAAAUGUACUAAUUAAGAUAUAUUCAAAAUAAAGCUACGUACGUACGUCUCAUUGAUCUCAAUAUAUGUUAGUAUGUUACUAUACGGUGUACUCUGUUUGGUUUCUCUAUUAAGUAGCAGUCGUAUCGCUUAUCUUUGUUAUCUUUCACUUCACAUUUUCAUGAAAGGAAGCAAAUCCAUGUGUA